AUGCCACAACUAUAUCCACCUUACGAUAGCUUAAAAUCCUGUGGAAUGUCAAUUUUAUUAUACAUGCUCAAAAAUCCAUUGCUAAGACUUGAAUCCCGAGAUACAGGUAGAUUUCGAGCUAUCGAAGAAACAUCAUCGGAUGGUACUAGUGACGACGAGAUUGCAACCAAAGAAUCCCAGGAAGCUGAGGCCAAAGGUAAAUAUUAUGAUGCUUUAAAAUCUCACUCGCAGGAAAAUUAUGAAGAGGCAAAAAAGCUUUACACGCAGGUCUUAAAUUCUGAUUUCAUAAAAGAUGCCAUAGAUAUCGAUGAUACUGAUGUUAGCUUAUGGUCUCAUGUUGGCUCUCUUUUUAUUAAAAUAAAUAAAUUCGCUGAUGCCCGCACCGCUUUUCAGCAAGGACUAAUUCGAAAUCCCGCAUACAGGCCUUGCAUCGAUAAAUUGAUGACUCUCCUAUUUGCUGUUGGUGACUAUCACAAUUGUUUAAAUCUUAUAUUCAUUGCAUUGGAAUUAAGCUGUGCAAACAGCAGAGCAUGGUGUUUAAAAGAGCAAAUUUUUAAGGAAUGCCCAUAUCUGGCCGACGUAAAUCAAAAUUAUAUCUUGCAAAAGAUAGGAAUUUCUGAGAGCUCUACGGCGAUUGACCCUGAGUAUAAACAACAGAUUAUAGAAGAAGCUUUGUCAAUGCGAAAUGAGCAUAAGAAACUUGUCGAAAUGACCCUCCCGGAAGCGGUUCAUCUCAAAAAGCCUCUAGCUAGUCUGACCUGGUACCAUCUUGGACAGCAUUUAAUAAAAAUUUACGACGACCUGCAAUCUUUACCAGAUGCGUCAAUGCUGACAUUGAUCGAUCUGCAAAGUAUGGUACGACCAAAAAAAUCUAAUAGCAAAGAUAAUAAUGAAUCCCCCACGAAAGAAACAAAUACUGAUGGUAGAAAACGAAAAAGGAUAGCCUCUGAGAAAGCUCGAGAGCCAUCAACUCCGGAACCAAAGAGACGAUCUAAACGAGUCAGAACGGUCAGCGCUAGUGAUGAUCAAAAAAGUCAAGCUUUUAUAAAAGAAUUAACCAACCUUAUUCCGAAAUCACUCCAGAUAGACAUUAAUAAGAAUUACGAUGCAAAAGGAGCUAGCCAAGCAGAACUUAAAACAAAUUCUGGAAGCGAACAGAAACAAGCUGCAGCAGAACAGAAAGGUUCAAGCUGGUCUACUCUUGGUGACUCAGAAAUGAUUGAUGAAUCAUUUGACGUUCGUGAAUUUAUCCACAAACAAAAUGAUCAUAGGCCAGAAAAUCUGACUGACAUCGUACUAAAAGUUUACGCCAGAUUAAGACCUCACAUCAUACUACCGUCUAUCUUCAGUCAGAUACAUAAGCGUUGUUGUAAUUACAGUGAUGAAUUAGACGAGCAAGCCUGCCAAGAGCUAGUUACGUUAUGUCUCGUAGUUUUGGAACUUCAGCUUGAUACAUGGCUGUGUAUGAAAGCAAAGUCUAACAACUAUUCACCUUCCAAAGUAACUCCUUUAAAAUUGCCAGAAUGUCCGGUCACUCUUCCACGUUCCUGUGUUGGAGAUUGUAUCCAAAAUGAUAUUACGUUCAUUAAGAAUUGCGUUUUCACGGAUCGGUUAUGCUUUUACAACAGAAUGGAAAUUGCAGUGCGAGUGUUGUGGGCUCAAGCAAGGUAUAUGAUGCACGAAGGUCAAAUAGAUACUAGUCUGUAUAUAUUAAAACAGUGUCAGCAAAUAAUUAGUAAUGGCAGCCAAGAAAAUAUUUCAGAUGCACCGAAGCAAGCUUGGAGCAUAACAUUAACUAACUGUACCCUAGAUAGGGAAAUAUCACAAGAAACAGUUGCGAAAAAAAUUAAAUCACUUCUACGCUGUCAAUCAUUUGAUGAAGUCCAGCAACUAUUUCAAAUAGAUGAAUUUGAGAAAGUUAUAGCUAUCCUUGAACUAAGACUAAAUGAUGAAGGCAAUAAAGAGGAAUCACUUGAAAAAUACGAUAAUACCAUCCCUGAGAGACCCGCUCAUUUUAUGCUACUGUGCGAGAGCUACUUGAAACUGAAAGAUUAUCAUGGCUACAUUAAGAUUGCUGAAAAGACUCUGCAUGAGAUCAUACUUAAAUUAAAUUCAAGUGCUGCUUGGAAAAAUAUCGUUGGUCAAUUGCUUAAUGAAAUACAAGAUUGUUUAGAUCAACAUCCUAAAUGUUUAAAAACUUUAGAAUGGGAUAAAACCGUUCGCUUUGUUCAAAAUAUUAUUCAGAUGAUUGAUUUGGUAAUGAAUACAGACUCAGUUGAUACGAGUGAAGUUAACGUGCAACCUUGGAUCUGUUUGAAUACAAUUGUUAGACAAAUGGAAAGCGAAAGGCAUUUAAACGAAAACAAGAAUGGUAACAUCGACACAGCUGGAAAUAAUCUAGAUCUUGCCAACGGAAACCAAACUGAAUUGGGUGAACCUUCUGCAUCUCACUGUAAUGACUCUACAGCUAGUGCUAAUUCUUUUACUGAACCUUGCAUCUUUCAACUGUUAAAAUGUAGUCAUCAAUAUCUAGGAAAAAAAUCAUGGUGUUGUCGCAAUGACGGAGCGUUUCUAUUUUUUGCGGAAAAAACCUUUACAGAACUCCUAGACGAAUACGACUAUUUAAAGGCAAAAGCCUUUGAACAGCACUUAUCGCCACAGGUCGAAAUCAAAUGGGAGAAUGUCUCUGCUUUAUUCAAUUUUCUAAAACCGAAUCCAUUACCAAAUUUCAAUAGUCCUAAGACACAAUCUAUAUCCCUAGAGCGUGAAAAUCGAUUUGAUAAGGCUCUCUUAAAGCAUUGUUCAUUUGCUUUAAAAUGCUUUGAAAAGGCUACACGUCUCGAUGAUUCCUACUGUUUAGUUUGGACAGAGUAUGGAUCUUUAGCGUAUAUGAUGCAGGCUCAUACCUCAAGGCGGAUGAAGGAACCAUAUAGAACUAUGUAUGCAUCUAAUACAUCGGAGAAUGACGAAUUUAUGAUUAAGAAACACAAAGAAAUGCUUGAAUUAGCUUUAAAAUGUUUCCUGAAAGCAACAUCGUUAGCAGGUGACAAUGACGAAAAGUGGUUCUUGUAUUACAUGACUGGUAAAUGUUACGAAAAGUUGAAGAUGCCACCGAAGAAAAGCUUAGAUUUAUACUUGAAGGCUGCCUCGCGGCUUCAUCACGAAAAAGCAGACUAUCCGAAGAAAGUAACAUACUCCCAAUCAAGCCAACUUUUAGCAGUAGAAGCUGUAGAAAUACACUAUCGAUUAUUUGCAUCGAUGCUGAAAGCUUUGGAAAAUAACUCUGAAUCACAACAUAAAGUGAUCGAUGAAUACGUAUCAAAAGUUUAUAAGUUACCGUUUAUUUUAGCUGAAGAAAAGUCUAGUAAAGAUUCUGAAAAAAAUAUGCUUGAUCAAGAUCGUGUAGAGAAGAUAACCAGUGCAAAAAACGAGACAGCAAAGUCAAACCCUAUUCAUUCGAGAAAAAGAGUAAAGGAAGAAGACAGUGAUACUAACGAUACCCGAGAUAAUGAUAAGAAUCUAUCGGCUAUUCGUGUGCUUAGAGAACAUGAUUAUGUAGAGAACGCAUGUCGUGCUACCAUUAAUAGAAGAUCUACAAUUACUAGGCGAAAAUCAAUCGAUAAGAAAAUCAAUAUUACUUCACCUGUCGGCAAUCAAUCGUCUAUAGUUAAACAUCAAAGGGGAGAUACAAAUACUGAUUGCUUAGAUGAAUCCGUAAGCCUUACUCAGCAGUCCGAAACAGUGGAACUCCGUCGCUUAAAGAAUAUUGAAUUAUGUUUAAAAGGCAUUAGUAUAUGUCUCGAUCGGUGUUCAUUUAGUUACAAGUCUGUAUAUCGACUUGCUUCUACGCUGUUCUAUUCCAGUGUUCAUAAGGAUAUCACUCUGUGUCGUUCACUGUUACUAGGAUGGAGUAAAUCAACUUCAAGCGCAUUCCCAACAAAGACAGAUGUCCAAUUUAAUAUUCCAAAAUAUAGCAUUUUCUGUCUAAAUAAGGCGAAUUUUUUUAGUUCCAUGUAUAAAAACCCCGUUGAAGACUUUGAAAGAGCAGGAGGAUUUUGCGCUGCUAUCAAUAAAUCAUUGCUACUUCUGCUUAAAAUUCUAGCUGAAGUUAAGGAUAUCUCCAUGAUAUUUACCCUUUCUGGUAUAUUGGACAAAAAGCCACAAGAUAAACGGAAGUACAUGAAAGAUGUGGAUAGAUGCCACCUAGCAAAGAAGGCGUAUCUUAUAGGAGUUGGUAUUGUUUCGGAACUAGUUGAUCAACUAGAAUUUACAACAAGCGGUGAUGUAUCGGAUGAAAAGGCUAACUUACCGAAAGAUUUUAAUAAAGCAAAUCUCACUUCAGCUUUACCAAAAAUGAAAGAGCUGAAAGACAAAUUUGAGGACGAAAAUCAGGUUACAGAAACUUUGUUGGCUAAAGCUGAAAAAUUAUUGUCCUUAGCCAGUGAUAAGCAACCCUCAGAGACUCAAAAGGAAGAACUGCCAACAACUUCAGAUCUUGUAAACUAG